AUGGAUUAUCUUUCCAGAAGUCUGUCUUAUCUGCCACAUCCCUCGGAAACACUUCUGGCAACAGGUACAAUAGCUGUUGCUGCUGCUGUUCUUGCUGCUGCUGCAAAAAAUUCGACCACAGAGUCAUCGGGUCUGACUUCGGGCGAGAUAGCUGCCGCAGUAGUUGUCCCCAUCCUAGUCGUCCUCUUGGCAGUGGCUGGAUACUUUUUGUACCGCUUUUUCCGCGACCGACGAUCCAUCUAUGGGAUCUAUAAUCCUAACAAACUGGAGACUGGAGUCACGCCAGUUGACGGAACUCUCACACCCAGCAGUGCUCACAGAAUCCCACCCAAAGAACGCCUAUUUUGA